UAAACUUACAGCUACCGCCGUCAGAUUGCGCUUGCGCCACGCUCUCGCCGAAUGCACGUGAGUUUGCCCACUACGGACAGUCUGUGCUGGUCCGCACCCGUGUAAAGUGUAGUUGAGUUUGCGUAUCGUGUCAGGUAUCGUCGAGCGCGCAAGAGGAUACGUGCCGAGCAUUGCACACGCCUUAACCGAAUGUGCGAGCGAGCAACCUUCCCUCGUCUUUCAUCGGCAAUUCGUCCGGACCAGGCGCUCUGAGCUCGUUUUCGCGCGGCCGCGACAACGGCAGCCGCGACGGCGACAGCGGCUGGUGGUUAUGUGUUUUGGAUCAUCCGCAAGUCCGUGCGCCCCGAUUAGAAUGACCGCGAGUGUCGCGCGCAUCCAUCGCGAACUGCACGACGAUCGUGUCGCGGCCAGAUAAAUCAGUGAGACAAACGGCGACGAAGAAGAAGACGAGAACGACGUUGUCGUCGACUGCGACGUCGGCGCGCGCGCGCGCGCGCGCGAGAGAGAGAGAGAGAGAGAGAGAGAGAGAGAGAGAGAGCGCAAGAGAGAGCGGCCCGCCGAGCGGCUGGCGAUACAAACGAAUGCGCCCUAAGCCGCUAGCUGCGUUCACCGAUCCCUCCAGCGAACCCAGCCAGCUAGUUAUGCUCGGCGAGCUAUGCGAGCUCGCGCUUACCGCACGUUCGCUCGCGCCUACUGGGACUACUACGGGUGUUGUGCACCGUUGAUGAGCAUCCCGGUGUUUUAAUAUAUACGGGCUCGGCAUUACACGCACCCAUAUAUAUUACACACACACACACACACAUACAUACACACACACUAUUUACACAUACAUAUAUACACACACACAUACAUACACGACCCCACACCAACAUUACACAUCAUACACAUAUACACGUACUUAUACUUAUCCAUAUCAUACAUAUAUGCAUGUAAAAUAUACAUAGCAUAUAUACAUAUAUGUGUACAUCGCCGGGCGGCGGAAGUGUUUUGCUCGGUUCUCUUCGUCGCGCGCGCACAGACUGCGCUACGCUACGCGCUGUACGAGCCUCUACAUCGUCACCUCUCUCUCUCUCUCCUUUUCGCCCGCCGCGGCGCCGGGUACGGCCUACCGAGGAAGGCGAUCCGCGCUCGCCCGCGUUUCGUUGCGACUCGAUCGGACUCGAAACCGACUCUCCGACGCUGAUCUUCGUCAAGCUCCACCGUGUCUGUCCCGCCCUGACGUGAUUCGCCCGGUUCGCCCGCCACACGACGGGUUAUGUUUCGAACUUUCAUCGGGAUCCUAGACAUUCAAUCGUGGUGGGAGGUGCCAAGUAUAGCGCACUUUUGCUCAUUAUUUAGAGCUGCCUUCAAUCUUCUGGAUUUUGAUAUCGAGGACUUAGAAGAGGCUUUAUUAACUGACGGAGGUACCGAGGGACGACUGCUUCAGGAGCUAAUAGUGAAGUUGUUGGAGGGUUGUUUGCCAAAUGACACUCGCAAUGACAUCUCUACCUUUAAUUAUCAGAUGUUUUUACGUAGACUCUUUCGGAAGAAGUGUCAAGAAUACAAAUGCGAAAAUCCUUUCAAUACAGACGUAGACUUUGAGUUAUUACCUCUCCGUCAGAAAGUAGAAAUACUACGUGCUCUCUGUGACUUCAGGCUAGACGCCGAAGACGUAGAGCAGUCGUUAAGUAAUUUGGACUCGGAUAGCCUGCGAGUCGAACCUUUGGGACAUGAUCGUAAGAAUUCUGCCUACUGGUACUUCUACGGCACUCGACUGUACAGGGAGGAUUACAUUGAUACUUCUAACGGUGCCUCAUACAAGCAGAAAAGUAAGCCACGGGACAAAAAGCGUAAAAGACGACGGAACAGAGUGGCGAAGGAGGAACAGGAAGAGGAGGAGAAGGAGGAAGCUAGUUUAAUAGACAACGAGAGCAAGGGACGAGAGAGCGUUUGGCAAGUGGUUUGUUUCACUCAACAAGACUGGAGCAGACUGGUUGAAAAAUUUCGCGACUCGGAAUACGACACCGAGCGUAAACUUUACCGUACGUUGUCCGAAGACUUCAUGCCGGAAAUACCAAAGUUGUUCGAUUUGAAGGAGAAACAGCAACGGCGCAAACUGUUGCAGCGCAAUAGCUCGCGAGUGCUUCGGAGCCAGGAACCUACCACACAGAUGGACGCAGUCAUGGUCAGGUCCAAGAUUAAGACUAAAACGACCAAAGGGGCGAAAAAGGAGACGCAAAGCUCAAAAGCUGUCUACACCAAGGAGGACACCUCGCCGCCGAUACCGACUCCGCCGAUUCAGAAGAAGGGACGGCAAACGAACAAUUCCUUAGCCUCGGCUGUUGGUCAGAUUGUGAUCCACACUAGGGACGAGGUGCAGGACUUGGAGAAGAAGAAGGGUGUCGGAAAUCAGGGCGAUGGUAAUUACUUGUCGUGCAAUUAUGGGUACAAGUUCGGCUAUUCCUUCGGGAUCGAAGAGGAGGAACGUCGCGUUGGAAUGCACAAAGUACUCGAAAGUGUCAAGGAUCAUACGGACGCCUGGCCGUUCAUUGACCCCGUCGAUGAAGAGUAUGCACCAAGGUAUUAUAGUGUUGUGCGUAGGCCUAUGGAUCUCAGUACUAUGGAGGAGAAACUGGAAGGCGGCUCGUACAAGAGUUUAAGUCAGUUUAAGCGCGACUUCCGACUUAUCGUUGAUAAUUGUAGGCAGUACAAUGGUUCAGAUAACGAAUAUACGGAAAUGGCAGUUAAUCUUAAAGAAGCUUUUGACAAGGCUGUGAAUCGUUAUUUGGAAUCAGAGACGUCCAGUGAUGAAGAUGCUACAUCUCCUCGAUCGUUAGCUGGAACGCCAACGUCUCCGUCUUAUCCGUCACGCCUGUUAUCUUCCUCGCACCACAACGCACGUAAACGUUCGAAGAAAUCCACUAAAAAGUCUAAGUCAUAUAAGCCCGAAAGUAGAGCAAAGUCCAAGAGCGAAAAAGUGGACGAGGAUGAGAAAAGGAGUAAAAGUAUCAAGGUCGCUAAAAAGAAACGAGGGAAGAAAAAGGGUAAGAAGGUGAAAGAGGAAGAGCUGGAUGAGGAUGAGGAGGAGCAGGAAGACCAGGAAAGCGAAGAUGCAGUGUCCGAGACUAGCAUAGCAGCGUCGAAGAGACGGAAAAACGUUGAUGUAAACAAUUUACUUAAAACCAAAAAGCUAUCUUCUAAAGAAACGGAGGAAUUAAAAGCGCCUAAUAAAAAAGCCAGCAAAGAUCGGCACAAACCGAAGAAAGAGUCGGAAAUUGUGCGAUCUGCGAAAGAAACGAAAGAGAAUAAAAAGCGAAAAGAGGAUUUCGAGGAAGAUUAUGAACCUUUGGUGAUCGUGAAGAGCAAGAGCAGGAAAAUAGAAAGGAAGGAACUGGAGGAAACCGGAAUACUGGCGGACAACACGAAGAAGAACGCGAAGAAGAUCGAAGUGGAAGAAAGUGACGCGGUCUUCAAAGAGGAUAAAAAGCAAUCUUCGCACGUGAAAACGAAAAAGAGUCGCAGGAAGGAGAAGGCGAGCUUAAAGACUGCAGCAAAGGCUGAUGAAAAAUCCGACAAGAGCCAUACGAAGGAGAAAGAGAAGAAAUCAAAACAGAAGAACGAAGAACUGAAAAACGGAGAGUUGAAAAGCCAGGCGGAUCCCAAAGAUGUAGAAUUAGAAAGUGCUUUGGAUUCAAAGCAUACUCACGCCUCCAAGAAACUCUCCGCAUUAAUCGGUAAUAAAGAUUUAGAGUCGCUUGAUAGUUUAAAGGAUGUGAUAAGUAAUAGAAGACGCGAGGAGAAGUUGAAAAACGAGAAAGAGAAGCAAAGGAAAGCGGUAAAAAGCGACACUCACGGUGUCUUUUCAAAAAAAGUGCCUUCAAAUGGUAGUACUUUUCAUGACAAUGACAAAGAUAGUGCAAAACGAUCAAAGUCAAAGAAAGGUACGAAGGAAGAUAAGAACACGCUUAACGACGACACGAUCAAGAAGCGAGACUCGGAAAUUAAUGAAAAUAAGAAAGUCGCUCAGGUUAAACAUACCAAAGGACUAGGAGCAGACGAUAGUAUCCUGCGUCAAGCGUUAACUCAAGCGACAGAGAAGACGCUUCAUGAUAUCAACAAAUGGCUGGACGACGCGCCGAAGCUUUCGGGUUUCUCGUCUGGCAGCGACUCGCCGAUGUCUCACAUUCCGGUCGAAUCCAACCGGUCGGGAUCGAAGUUGGAAGCUACGCGCAAGAGACCGAGUUCCAUCAAGAUAUUCGGCCCCCACGGGCCGAGUCGACCGAAGAAGAUACAGCGCACAAUGAACCGUCUGCAGCCCGGCAAGAGCAAGGGGAAUUUGCUGCUGAAGAAACCACUCAACACUCCCAACGCCAACACCAACGACGCGGUCUACGCCGCCAGUGAUAACGACCAGCCGAGCAAGGACAACGACGAGGAGCCGAAACUCAGUCUAGGCACCGUCCUGAAGAAUGUGGACUCCAUUCAGCUGAUUUGCAAGAGCCUGGUGUCAUCGCCGAAUCCCAACCUAUCGAACGACGACGAAGAAGAGGAUCACACGCGCACACCGUCUCGAGCGUCCAGCGUGAAGGAGGAGAAAGCAGCGGGUGCCAAGAGCGCCACGGGAACGUCGAGCACGUCGACGGCGACGGCGAUGGCGGACGAUAAGGAGUCCCGACCAGCCACAGAGGAGCCGCAGAAACCAAAGUCUGCCACGCCGAACCUGAGUGCCUGGUUCAAAGCUUUCGGAGCGCCAAAAUCAAAGAAGAAAGACGACGAGGCGGCGGAAGAGGUCGCGGCGAAGAAGGACGGCGACCUGCAGGAGGUGUUCUGCGGCAGGCAACGACGGAUGAGUACCGGCGGCAGCAGCGUCAGUGAAUCCGUGUCGAGCUUCUCUCAGGAGUCGCCACCGGCGUCGCGCGCCGUCCGUUCGCCGCAGAGCCAGCCGAUGGUUCCGGCGAACGAGCCGCCGAUAAGGGGUGCCGGUUUCUACCAGGACGCAUUGUCCACCGGCAGCAGCCCCUACAACAGCCCGUUUUACGCGACGCCUCCGCGGUACAGCGCGCAGCUGCCGCCCACGCCGUCGCCGCAGAAUCACCCGCUGUCACCGGCUUACCCAUCGUCCGCGUCCUAUGAGCAGCAACCGCCGCCGCCGUAUCCUCAGGUACACCCGCAGCCACCGUUGCCGCCACCGCCGCCGCCGCCGCCGCCGCCAGCGCUGCCGCAUCAGCCGCCGUAUCAGAAGUCCUCGCCGCAGGAGAACUCCAGCGAGACGUACCCGCAAAUGUCGCCGACCUUUCCGCAACGUUCCCCGCAGAGCAGCUUCCCGCCACAGAGCGCCGCGGUCCAAGGCGAUGCUUACUCGGCGCAGAUAGCCGGCGGCAACACUCAGAACCAGUCGCCCGUCUACGCUCAGCAUUCCCCACAGCCGAUGCAGCCAGUCUACCCGCAGCCGUCGCCUCAGACCCCGCCGUCGAAUUACUCACAGCCAUCGCCGCAGCAGCCGCCCACUCCAAAGUACUCGCAGCCGUCGCCGCAGCAGAACGCGGUCGCAAACUAUUCGCAGUCUUCGCCGCAGCCGGUAGCCAAUUACUCGCAGGCGUCUCCGCAACAGCAGCAGCAGCACUCUCCGUACUCGCAGCCUUCCCCGCAGGCGCCGCCCAACUAUUCGCAGGCGUCGCCGCAGCAGCACUCCCCGUACGCCCAGUCAUCUCCCCAGCAAUCCGCCGGCUACUCUCAGCUGUCGCCGCAGCCGCCCGCGAAUUACUCUCAACCUUCGCCUCAGCCGCCGGCUGUGUACUCGCAGCCGUCUCCGCAGCCGCCUCCGAGCUUCUCUCAACCAUCGCCACAGACGCAUUCCACCAACUACUCGCAACCAUCGCCGCAGCCGUUGAACUCGUACCCGCAAGCAUCGCCACAGCCGCGAAACUACUCGCAGCCAUCGCCGCAGCAGAUCCAGAGCUUCUCUCAACACUCACCGCAGACGCAGCCGGCUUAUUCGCAGUCGUCGCCGCAGAACAGCCCGUACUCGCAGUCAUCGCCGCAGUCAUUAACCAAUUACUCGCAGCCGUCGCCUCAGCAACCUACCACGUACUCUCAUCCGCUGCACUCGCCGCAGACCCCGUCCAACUACUCGCAGCUGUCGCCGCAGCAGGCCCCGGCGGCGAGCUACUCGCAGUCCUCGCCUCAGCGGAAGGCGACCUGCCCGCCGCUGGUGCAAACCCCGCAGCAGUCGCCGAGUUACCAGCAACCUUCUCCCCAGCGGCCGCCGAGCUACCCGCAGCUGCAGUCGUCGAAGAACCCAGAGGAAUACUCUACGUCAGCCACGACGUCGACGCCGAGUUAUCCUCAGGGCUUCAAGCAGAACCCCCCCACGUACGUGCAGCAGUCGCCGACGGCGUCGUCGUCCUCGGUGAACGAGCCCGAGCACCAACGGACGGAGUACCUGAAGCCCAAUGCCAACGAGAAGGCCGCGACGUCGGGCGAGCAGCAGAGAAACUUCCCCGUCCAGUCGGAGUCGUCGCUGAACCUCAACGCGAACCACCAGAUCUACCAGUCGACCCCGGGCCAAUACCCGCCGCCGCCACCACCACCGACAUACCCCAACAGCUUCCCCAAUAUCGAGCUCCAGAGGUCCGCUUCACGGCACGGUUGUUCAGAACAGACACAGCAGUCUACGAGCGCGCCGCAAGAGCGAGUCGGCUUCACCGAGAUCAGCGACAGCUUGAACGCGCAGAAGUACGCGCAGCCACGCGGCUUCCUCAACAAGACGUCCAGCAGCGGGGAGCAGCUGGUGGCGCAGGACCAAACGCAGCUGUUAACAUUCCAGCAGAACCUGACGGCGCACGAGUCGCUGUACCAGAGCGGUUUCCAGCCAUCCGGCUACCCUCUGCCGAACUCGAGACCGGUGUACGCUAGUCCUCACUACUUCGACACCGGCGCCAAGCCCGCCAGCGGCAGCGGCGCUGGCGCCGGCGGUAGCGGCGGCACCAGCAGUCCUGCGGCGGCCAGCGGCAACUUGCCACCGGUGAAGAAGCGCGUGUAUAACGAGCCGUCGUCCGGUGAUUCCGGCGGCUCGCGAAGUCUACCACAGGAGAGCGCGGCAACGCGCUCGGCUCAGGAGCAGUUCGAGUUCGAGCCGAUGAUGGCCUUGCCGCAACCAGACACAGUCUCGGCCAGCCAGUUCGACGCCACGUACGUCGGCAGUCUGGCCGACUCGGUGGCGUCGAAUCCAGCGUACGCACGACUGAGCCUCGGCCUGGUGGGCCGGCCGAGCAAGGAGCAGCAGCAGUUGCUGACGAUCCCGCGGCCGCCGGCGACGAAGCCGGAGCACCUCGCUUACGGGCGGGGCGCUGCGUCCGGCGCGGCCGAGCUGGAUCUGAAUCUGCUGCAGAGCCUGCAGAACGCAGCCAAGGGCAGCCAAGGUAUCCUGGCGAUGUCGGCGCGUCGAGGGGCCGACAACGCCGGGUCCACCUCCACGACGUCGUCCAAGCCGAAGAAGAGCAGGAAGAGCAAGCAGCAGCAACAACAGCAGCAGCAGCAGCAGCAGCAACAACAGCAACAGGAGCAGCAGAACGCGGCCGCGACCAGCGUCUCGGCGGCGGCCACCGUCACAUCCACCGUCGGAGCCGACCAGCAGCCCGGUAUCCCCGCGUUCCCGCAGUACGCGGCCGCGUCUGCCGACUCCAUCGGCUUGAAGAGCGCCGCCGCGGUGGUGCCGGCCGCUGGCAGUGCCUUCAACUUCGCCGCGUCCACGAGCACGAGCGGCAGCGCGCCGUUCUACGACAAGGACGCCACCGCCGCGGCGGCGUUCGCCUUCCUGGACGAGUUCCGCAAUCCGACCAGCUACUACAACAUGGCCUUGCGGCAGCAGCAGCAGCAGCAGCAACAGCAACAGCAGCAGCAGCAACAGCAGCAGUCGGUGCCGCCGGUCACGGACGCCUCUCAGUCCGCCUGCAACAAGCUCGCCAAUCAGCCGCCCAGGAACUACGCGCCCCAUCCGUUCCUCCACUCGGCAGCCGCCGCUCAGAGGGCAGCGGCGGCCUACGGCCCGCCGGUCUCCGCUUACGUGACGCCGCAUGGGCCUAACUUGGCCAUGGACCCGACCGCUUAUCAACAGUACAUACAUUCUCUCUACGCUCUUCAGCCGCCACCGCAUCAUCACCGACCGUCUUGGCUUUAGCCGUGACUAACUGAAUCGCUGUGAGCUCCACGAAGUGGAGAGUCGCCUUCAGGAGCCGACGGGAUAUCGGCUCUCUGUGGCUUCCCUUCUUCCGCCGACAGGUCGUGAUGUGACGCGAGCGGCGGAGAACGAGCUGGAAGGACAACUGAUGGCCCAGCUCCGCGUUAUACCAAAUAGCCGGGUGUCUGUUGACGGAUGCGCGUAGGAAAGAAAAAAGAAACAACGGUACGCCCUUUUUACUUGGACGUUUUCACUUUCUUUCGGAAAGGAUAUAUCCUCCUGUCUCGCGACUUGUCUAGGUUUUCUUUUUUAUCGUUUUUUACGCAAUUCUGGUCGUCGUAUUUAGACGUACAUUGUCGCGACAUUGUCUGGGAAUUAGAUGGUGGUUGUUGUAAGUUUCUUUAAACUUGCCCUCCGCUCGACUAGCCUUUUACGAGCAAACGACGAGCGAGCUUUGGCAUUUUUACACUAAAAGAGAGGAAGUCUUUAGCUUCGAUGAUGAGACGAGAACGGUGAAACGGAAAGGAAAGCGACGUUAUAUGUAGCCAUAUGUAAAUAAAGCCUACUUUCGAUGUAGGAAUUUUUGAUAGUUUUCUAAAAUGAGAGACUAUAGCCGGCAGGUUUUUUGAUAGCUCUAAGGCGAGGUCGCUAGCGCCGAGAAUAAGUCGAUUGCACUUCUUCUAUCAAAAGUUCCUCCGUGUUAGCGAGCGCGCGAUAUCGUUUACUUGUCGGUGUGUGUGUGUGUGUGUAUGUGUGUGUGC